GAAUUUAGCUUUACUUUCUAUUCCCUGAGUAGCUGAAUGUUCUGUGCUGCCACUGCGUUUACCAGCUGAGAAAUAUUGCAAAUUCUUCAACAUAGCCAGGAAGAAAGAAGGGCUACUCUCCAAGGUAAAGAUGCAGGAAGCAGAUCUAGUAGCAAAAAUGCUUCGAGCUGUUCUCCAGUCUCAUAAAACUGGAGUGCCCUUUUCCCAUUUGCAAGGGGAAUAUAAAUCUUUAACUGGAGAUUGGAUUCCUUUCAAGCAGCUGGGACAUGCUACAUUAGAGGGAUAUCUGAAGAGCAUUCCUGGAGUUGUUAGAAUUGAAAUUAGCAAAAGUGGUGAGGUAACUUGCCAUGCUGUUGUUUGCCAGGAGACUGCAAGAAUUGCUAAGCUUGUAGCCUGCCAGAGAACUUCCAAAAAAAAAUCAAAACGGCAAGUGAAUUGCCAGAUGAGGCUGAAAAAUACAACCCCCCUCGCCUCAAUAGGCAAACCAAAGGACACUCUGAGAAAACCUGGGUUCAUGAGUUUUUCAGAAGAGGCUACGAGGGGUACAGUCCCACUGCUGAGAGGCAAGGGAAACCAUACAGUUGUGAAUCCUAGUAUGAACCUUGCAUCAUAUCCUUUAUCCCCUGAAUUUAGGACGGCUAUGCCUAAUGAAGUUUUAAUACAAGGACAUGUGACCAUGGUGAACAGGCCUGAGAGAAGGCUUGUGGUUCCACCAAGAUUUCAAAAAGAGCUUCAAGUUUAUUUGACAAGAAAUGUGCCUUUGGACAUCAACGAAAAUGUAAAAGAACCAAGACAAUUAACACAACCAGUGCCCCCUCGCAACUCAAAUACUGAUUUAAAUGAGAUUCAGAAAAGAAUAAAGGACAUCAUAAAUCAAUUCAAAAAUGGAAUAUGGUUAUCGAAGAUACCACACUUGUACAGAGAGGCAUAUGAUGAAGAAUUUAAUACAACUUUGCUGACACAAUUUGAAUACUGGCCACAUGUUUGUGUGGCAGAGAAGGUAUCUUCCGGUGGCCAAAGAGAUAUAAUUCUCUACCCUCCUGGGAAAAUGCAUCACCCAGGAAAGGGCGUUUCAAGCCAAGAAAGAAAGCCUCUGCCUCCUUUACUGAAACAGAGUGUGGAAACUAAAACUGCUACUGUCCACGGAGACUUCAAGCAAAAUAUCGCAGCCAUCUUGACAAAAUAUUCCAGUGGUCUUUGGGCUAAUGCACUCCCAAAAGUGUAUGAAGACACAUACAAAGCAGCGUUGCCUCAGAAUGUUUUGGACAAUCUUGGCUCGCUUUCAGAUGUAUGUACGGUCAGUACCAUUUCUGAAAAUCCAAAAAAGGCAAUUCUCUAUGCAAAGCCAAAACAGCAGCCAGGAAAGGACCUGAAUAUUAUUGCUAAGAAUUCCCCGUGCGAAAGCAUACAGAAACCAGUCGAGCACCAGUCUACUAAAGCAAAGCAGGACUCCCAAGGGGAUGAUUUUGAACACAUUCCUAUACCUCCUUUAAUUAUCCCAGAAGAAAUAUCACCAUCUGUGUUGGUAGUGGACCUAUAUUCUACAAAUGAUGUUGUCGUUAGGUACGUGGGCGCAAACUAUUCUGGUGCCCAGGAAUCCAUGGAAGAAGAGAUGAAAGAUUGGUACAGUCGGAAUGCCUCAGUUUUGCAAAUCCAGUCUCCUAAAGUUGGACAAGUUGUUGCUGCACUUGCAGAAGAAGAUGCUUGGCUGCGAGCACAAAUUAUUUCAACAGAGGGCAAUAGAAUAAAGGUAUGCUACGUUGAUUAUGGUUUUAAUGAAAUCAUUGAAAAUUCCAGAGUGUACAAAUUAGCCAAGCAGUUCUAUAAAUUGCCAUUCCAGGCUUCCAAAUGUAAACUAGCUGGUAAGAUGUGCCUUUUUCUUUUCCAUAGGUACAAAUGCUGUUUGUACUCUCUAUGCUAUUGUUCUAAUCAAUACAUAAUUUUUCAUCAUUGCAAUAUUCUCUCUCUCUCUCUCAAUAAGGUGGUUAAACUGGAUAACCAAAUUGCACACAUCUAUCUGUUUACACCGAAGAAUUUUCCAGACCCCGAUCGCAGUAUAAAUAGGCAGAUCACCAAUGCUGACUUGUGGAAGCAUCAGAAGGAUGUUUUUUUGAGUGUCUCUCUCAGUAAUCUCCCUGGAAGAAGGGAAACAGAUUUACCGAUGCGGUCAACUUUAGGGCCCAAGCAGAGCACCACAGAUACAGUUCCUCAUAUUCUGGAAUCCCGCAAGAUGGAAAACACUGUGAAUAUGCCACCAGCCCUGCCACUUGUCCAAUCCCAGGAACAGAUGGAUGUUUUUGUUGCGCUGGCAUGCCACCCGGGUUACUUUAUCCUCCAGUCCUGGCAAGAGAUGCACAAGUUAGAAAUGCUGAUGGAAGAGAUGCUUCUGUAUUAUAACACAACAGAAGAUGGAGCUGUUGCUGUUGAAAAAAACAAAAUCUAUGCAGCUAAAGUGAAAAACAAAUGGCACAGAGUAUUAAUAAAAGGAUUGUUGGCAAAUGGACUGGUGACAGUGUAUGAGCUGGACUAUGGUAAACAUGAGCUGAUUGGCAUCCAAAAUAUAAGACCUCUUGUGGAUAUGUUUAGAGAGCUGCCAUUUCAGGCCAUAACAGCCCAACUUGCAGGAAUAGAAUGGCAACAGUGGUCAGAGGAAGCUUCAAUAGUCUUCCGAAACCAUGUGGAGCAGAAACCUCUAGUGGCCCAGGUGGAAAAGAUUAUUGAAGGGACUAAUCAAUGGGAUCGCAAAGUAAUUGUGUAUUUGGUGGACACAUCAGUACCAGAGAAAGAUAUAUGGAUUCAUGACAUUAUGAAUCAAUUGUAAUGGAGAUUGCAAAGGCGAUUUAAAACUUUAAAAUACUUAUAACUUUAGCAAAAUAUAUAAAAAAUAUAAAUAUUAAAAGAACUAUCA